UCGUUCACAUUAAAACUUAAAAUUUUAGUAUUAAUGCAUAACAAUUCCGAUGUUGGAUUAUGUGAAGUUUAUAUGCGACUAAAGUAAAAUGCAAUACCACUGAUCAUCAAUACUCGCACUUCAUCGGUGACAGUCGCAAAGUUGAUUAAUUAAAUGCCUCAUGCGGCGUGAUCAGACAGUAUGAAAUUUAUUGACGCGAUUUAUCCUGUAAAACUAUGCCCGAUUAUCAAUGAAAUUGAAACUGGAGUUCAGAUAUUGAACGGACUUACUGAAUUUAAGACGAGUGAAUCGAAUAACAAUCUUGUUGGAUUUGAUUCGGAUGAUGUUACUCAUGAGACAUUUGCGAUGGGGUACAGCGUACAGCGCUUCAUCACACCUGUAGACCCGAACCUUAUUUGCGGCAUCUGCAGUUCCGUGCUCGAGGAUCCCGUACUGACCCCGUGUGGACAUUCCUUCUGCCAGUCGUGCCUUAACACAUGGCUGUUGCGGCCGAGAACCGACACGUGUCCGGAAUGCCGAAGUCACGUGGCAAAGGAGACCGUAAAGCCAGUAUUGUCGCUACGGAAUCUCAUUAACGGGUUUGACGUCGAGUGCGAUCAUAACGUUCGCGGUUGCAAAGUUAUUAUAAAACUCGAGCGGCUAAAAUCGCAUUUGGAGACCUGUGGCUAUAUCCCGGUGACUUGUGCAGGGUGUGAUGAGAGUGUGAACAAGUUCCAGCUAGCCAGUCAUCAGAUACAUUGCGAAGGCAUCGCCCAUUCCGUUAGUGACGAUACCGAUGAGUUCGAUGGCUCGUCAACUCAAAAACGUCUCAGUCACGCGCGGCUUAGUCACGCUUUGACGUCAAUCGACGUCUCAGAACUGAUUUCCAAAAUGGCAUCCUUGGAAUUUAAAGUGAAAACGCUUAAACGUGACCUUCAGAUAGCCGAAUCAAAAAACAGAGUCAUGGAGAGAGCGUUCAAGAAAACAAAGGAAGAGCUUCAAAAUAAACAGUCUGAAGUCAUUGAUCUGAACAACGACUUCGAUCCUGACUACGAAUACGGUUAUACUCCGCAAAGCAUCGCCAGGCUGUCUCUCCUAUUGGCAAGAUUUUUGUUGAAGAAACCAGCGUACAUUGACAGAGAUAAAAUAUUUACUGCCGUGAGACGUUGUUACGACAAGUACGCCCGUUGCGGUUCCGAGUUCGAACAUGAUAUCCACAUGCUCGUUGCUACUGCCUUCGCAAGUAACUGGUUUACGGACGAUUGCCGGACAACCUUGCACUUUUGGCUGCAGAGUAUCGCGCGAUAUCGUCAAUUGACAACGGUAUCCGCAAAAUACCUCACUAGUGCGAGAUAACAAAUCGAUUUAUUUAAAACAUCAAACUUGCCGUCUGAAUCUUCAUAAUCUUAAUCAACAUUUUUAUGAAGAAUAUACAUUACCGGUAGAUCUUUAUCUUGUGGGUGUAUUUAAAUGUUUAGAUUAGUUGUGUUCCUUUCAGAAAUUGCACAUUCUCUAAAAGCAUGAAGUAUCUAAAUCACGGUACUGUUAUAAUGUGUCCCUAUAACUGGCAUUAAGUUUAGACGAUAACAAUACAUCUGCAGACAUUUCAUUCUGUGAAAGACAUAAUGACUCUUGGGAUACUCGUACAUAAGAAAUCGUGGCUCUUAAAGCGACGAUGUUGGAGUAGGCUUACUGCUUGAAUUUUAUUGCUUUUCACUUUGUAACUUUACAUGUCAAACACGAUUACCAUGUAACACUUUCUGUAUACAUUCUUUGACUAUUUACAGAAUGUUAAUGUCCGUGUAUUUUGUCAUAAAUGUUUUACACUCUGUAUAAAUUUUGUUGAAAGGUUGUUUGAUACGGUUCCUGUUUACGUUACUGUUUUAUUUAUUUUUAAGUUGUUUAUUUCAAACAUACCAACACUUUACACGUUUGAUUGUUUCAUUUAGAUGUUGGGAUUAUAUCAAAUAAACCCCUUUACAUAAAA